UUUUUUGCUGCCACCAGCACCACGCCAGCCCCGUCGGUGGUGCCUGAGCAUCUCCUCUCACCCCAGAACUGUACCUCGCCCCAGCGCAUCCGCGCGUUUCUCCGGCUCUCCAGAAUAGCCACGGACGACACCAUCCGCGAGCACUUGAACGAAUUGAAAGGCAACCAGGCGUGUGAUGUGUACUACACCAACACCAUCUUGCCCCAGUGGAAUGCACGGGCCCAGAUCAUCCAGUACUGCUCUGAUUACGCGAUCCAAUUGAGAGCACAGGCCGAGGGCAAACACCCAAUGCCUGAACCCAAGCCAGCCUCUGCUGACGACCCCGACCCCUACAACCUCCGGAUCGAUCCCUACGCGGUCAAGAACCGUAACGCAGAGCUCGAAAGCCGGUUUUCCCAGGUGGAAGAGGUGGAACGGUGGGUCCGUAACGAGAGGUCAGUGGAGUCCAUCGUGCGCGAGGAGACUGCCAAGGCACUCAGCGACCGGUGCUACUACCGCGACUGGCUCAAUGUAUAUAGUAAAUAA